CGGAAAAAGAACUCGUCUGUAGAGAAGCAAGAUCUUCCUCCGAAAUCUCUCUCUCUCUCUCUCUCUCUCUCUCUCUCUCUCUAGGGUUUAUUCGGCUUGAAGAAAUUCCUAGAGAUGUUCGAGCCGCAGCAGCAGCAUUUCGUCGAUCUCCGUGGGAACGGAAGCUUUGGAGAAGAUCCGAACUCAUGGCUCUCGGAAGAACAACGCUCGUCUUCUUCAGCUUCCUCAAAUGCCCCUGGAAACAACGGAAAUGUCGAUAGAGUUCUCUUCAAGAACCUCGUCGAGAUGGUCCCCCUCGUCGAAUCCCUAAUGGAUCGGAGGGCAAAUACGUCAUUUACGCGGCGAGCGUCGAUGAUCUACACUCGAACGCCUUCGAGGGAAUCCUACCCAAAAAAGAUUGGUGACCUGAAAGGAAGGAAAAUAGCUCAAACUGGUCCCUCUAAAAAGCGAAGGGAUCUUGGAGAAAAUGAUUCCAGCAAAAAUAACAACAGAGACAAUCAAGAUGGUUCUGUUGAUGACUUUUCGAUUUUCUCAUCAAGAGCGAUGGCACUAGAAAAGGAUAAGGAAGAUUUGAUAAUGCUGCAGAAACAGGUGGAGGACCUACAGAAGAAAUUAUUAGAGAAAGACGAAGUACUGAAAUCUGCGGAGAAUUCGAUGAACCAGAUGAGUUCAGUUAAUGUUAAACUUGAUGAACUGAAACGUCAGGUCGCUGAGAAAGACUCACUAAUUAAAUCUGCUCAUUUGCAACUCUCUGAUGCCAAGAUUAAACUUGCAGAUAAGCAAGCAGCCUUGGAAAAAUUACAGUGGGAAGCAAUGACAUCUACUAGGAAAGUUGAGAAGCUUCAGGGGGAUCUAGACACUAUGCAAGGCGAAAUUUCAGUAUUUAUGGAGGUUCUUCAAACGUUGGGGAAGACUAGCUCACAAUCAUAUGCUGAGGAGAAGAAUACCUAUCAGGAUCCCUUGGAUCAGUUUGAACCUAUAGAAACCGUCGAUGAAGCUGAGAUGCAGAAAAUGGAAGAGGCGAGAAAGGCAUACAUCGCAGCCGUUGCUGCCGCAAAAGAGAAUCCCAGUGAGGAAUCGCUGGCCGCUGCCGCUGCAGCGAGAUUGAAGCUUCAAGCAUUUGUCUUUGGGCCCAACAAACUGAAGUAGCAAUGGUUUCUAUACAUCAAGAGUGCCUGCUGCUGCUGAAAUGCUUGCUCACUACCUCUGCUUUUGUAUGAUAUGUUAUUGUAGAAAUGACCUGUGUUGUUUUACUGUGAAAAUGGUCUUUCUUCUUCUUCUUCUUCUUCUUCUUCUUUUUUUAAUGAAAUAUAUUUAAGAUUGCCAUCA